AAAUCGCAAAAUGUAUCCAAAAAGGACUGACUCUCAAGAGUUGAAAAAAGAGAUAAAAUUCAACGAAUCGGUGGACAAACAGAUGAAGCAAAUCAAGGACUUUGGCGUCGCCUUCAAGAAGACCGCCAGCGAUAGUGUGGGCGCUCUGCACCUGAUCCCCAUCCACACCAUCACCACCCGUACCCGUCAGUGCGUCGACUACAAGAAGUUGUCGCUAUUUCUGUUGGCAUUCGUGGCCGGAGCCGUACUACUGGUGCUCCUACUGUCGUCCCAACACCGACGGCCUAACCCUCAGGACAGCGACAUAUCCACUGAGCACUGGAACGCCAUUCACUCCGAGUCUAAGGAGUCGCCUAUCGUUAUGGGACUCGUCGAGGAGACCACGACUACCACCACAACCACUACACCCCCACCCGAGAGCACCACCAGACGCGAGUUAGACCACAUACUGGCCUCCAUAACCGUAAUCAACGCUACCGUUCCCCAAAUGGAUCGCACGAUAUUCUCCAAGAGGGCCGACGCCUAUGUCGACCUAUAC